UUAAGAAAGAACCCAAUCUUUGCGGCCGGCAACGAACUGCUGAUUCCUACGACGCUGCUGUCGCCUCUCUGUCUGAGGAGAGCAGAGAGGUCAAAGGAAUAAAACUGAACUUUAAUCCAAAUUGUAGAGAUGUCGGAAUCAUUUCUACGCUCCGCCAUCACGGAGGCCUUGCCUGACCUUCCAGAAGUAUCAAAGGACAUCUUACAAGAAACUCUUCAAUCCCUAGGGAUAGAGACCCAUGAUGACUUUCAGUUUGUUAAGGAAGAAGAUUUAUUGUCAGCCUUGAGGCCUAUACAAGCCCGGAAGCUGGUUGCUGCAUGGAGUCUGAAAUGCCAGGCCCAAGAAAGUGCUUCUUCAAGCCUUACUGCCUCACCAGGACCUUACCCAUCCGUGAUGUGUGAGUCGCCAAUUUCAACGUCGUCGUCCAGCAGCGGUCAGAGCCCACAGGGCAGUUUUCCAGACUCAUUUGUGAUACCAUGGAGGAAGUUCCCCGAGGAUUUGACGCAGGCUUUGGAGAGAGGAAAACGUCCAGGUCCAAGUUUGAGGAAAGAGAUGGUGAGAAUUGUGGUCCGUGAAAUGAUGAAAGUAACCACUUCACUAUGUAAAAGGAACGCUGUUGAUGUGGCUAGGAAAUUAGUGGCCAAAUACCCCAAAUCACUGCAAGAUGUCAUUGAGGGUGACAUAAUUGGCACAGGGUACUACUCCCUUGUGAAACAAAUUCAAAAUCGGAUCGAAAAUGUGAAAAGACCUACAACACCUAAAAUAAAAAGAAGACCACAUGACUCUGACACUGAUGAAAUCCCCCCUGAAAAACGAGCAGCGAUUCAAGACACCUAUGGGUGCAUCCGUUGGCAUGUCAAGUUUCUGCCCCUUGGAGAAACAGCUGACAGCCAGCAGCAAAAGAAAGAUGAGCUUAAAAAUCUUUUUAGUCAGAAUGAGCAAAGCCCAGGUCCUGUAAAGAUGCUUAUGAAGUCCACAUUCUACACCCAGCGACAAGAGGUGAACCAAGGAAAGGACGUGAAGUACCUCCUGGAGAACUGGCCAUAUUGGUUUUGUGAAAUUGGCAUGGCUGUUCACUUUAACGAACUCACUGGAGUGGACCUAAAGGAAACCUUCCUAAAGAAUAUGGAACAGAAGGGGGAAAGGCUCCUGCACUUCAUGAAGACAGUUGCUGUCAACAAAUCCAAAAGAUUCUAUCAAGCUGCAACAAAGCUACAAAUGAUGAGGGGAGAACACCCAGGCUACACACAUGCCACAGAGAUGGUGCUGCUCCUCCUGGCUUAUUUUGAUGAGAAAGAAGAUGUGAUGUUCCAUUAUGUGGAGGACACUUGCCUGGCUGGGGAAGUGGACCUGAACAGCGUUCCCUUGACUCCCACGAUUGUUGUAUGUGGGCAGUCCUGCUACUCCUCCGGACGGAUGAUGCUGAGUGUGGAUCAAGUCAUCGUGAAUGAGAACAUCUCUUCCUUCAUCUCGGCCUUGUGCAUGAUGUUUGGCAGCUAUUACUGCUUUAACAUUCAUUACCCAUCCACGCUUGCAUCGACCCUGGAAUUUCUACAGAGAUGUUUCUUCUCUAUUAAUCCGGAGAAGGGGACAAAAGUGGAACAAACAAAAACAAAACGGCUCCAUGUGAAUCCAAGAGUCCUUACUUUGAUUCAGGACCUCUCAGACCAUGAAUGGCGAGCUAUUUAAAAAGUUGUUCCUUCAAGUGGCCGCGACAGUGAACACCCAUAUGUUUCUCUAGAUGUUCUUCUAGAAGCAAUGCAGUUGCAUGUUAAUCAAGCCUUUACCAUGAUUCACAAGCUCUCCAUGAAUGGCGAGCUAUUUAAAAAGUUGUUCCUUCAAGUGGCCGUGAACACCCAUGUUUCUCUAGAUGUUCUUCUAGAAGCAAUGCAGUUGCAUGUUAAUCAAGCCUUUACCAUGAUUCACAAGCUCUCCAUGAAUGGCGAGCUAUUUAAAAAGUUGUUCCUUCAAGUGGCCGCGACAGUGAACACCCAUGUUUCUCUAGAUGUUCUUCUAGAAGCAAUGCAGUUGCAUCUUAAUCAAGCCUUUACCAUGAUUCACAAGCUCUCUAUGAAUGGCGAGCUAUUUAAAAAGGUGUUCCUUCAAAGUGAUGGAGCCGAUGAACACCUAUAUCACCUUUUUUCGUGGCUCGCUAUUAACAAGGUUCACAUUUAUUCACUCACUCACUACCACACCCCACUCAUAAUCCCUCUCUCACAAACACAAGUGCAACCACACACACACACACACACAC